AUGUAUGAAUGUGCGAUUUAUGGCGUAGGCGGCAACGCCGGCAAGUUCUACGCAGCGUUGUUUUUCUUCAUUCUGAAAGUCACGUUUUCCACCGUAUUUUACGUGUUUUGGAGUAAGGAGAGGAGCCUAAAGGCAAAAUUCACAUUGAAGAAGGUCCGACUGUAUCUAUGGCCGGUGUUCAUCCAUAACCUGGUCGUGGCCGUUGCCCUCGUCAUCAUCAUAGGCGCCAUCGCGGUCCGCAUGGGAAAUGCUGAUCGCUCGUACCAUGCUGAAACCGCCUAUCAGAAUGACAUCCUGAUUUCAGGUCUGGUGCUCAUGUUUGUAUCUGUCAUUCUGUUUUUGUCCAAGACAAUCGCUGCCUAUUUAAUAUGGCGUUAUUACAUGUUCAUCGUUAAUCAGUUGAUCGUACAGGAAGAUAUUGAAGGAGAAGAACUCACAGAAAUGCAGGUUUGA